AUGGAGAGUGAAUUGAUAGAGAAUCUUUUGCGAGCAAAAGGCUUAUGGAGUUUGAUUGUUGAGGGCUACACUGUACCAGCAGAAGCAGUUGAGGUAACUGCUGACCAGCAAAAACAAUUGGAGGAUCUCAAGUUAAAGGAUUAUCAGGUGAAGCACUACCUAUUCCAAGCGAUUGAUCGGACAGUAUUUGAACAGAUCUUGGAUCGUCGAACAUCCAAUAUUGUUUGGGAUUCAAUGAAGAGGAAGUUUAGAGAAAAUGAGAGGGUGAAGCGAUCUCUUCUCAAUACUCUGAGGCGAGAAUUCGAGGUCCUUGCCAUGAAGACGGACGAGAAAAUUGACGAUUACUUUGCAAGAGUAAUGACAAUUUCAAACAAAAUGAGGAGCAAUGGGGAAGACAUGCCAGAUUCAAAGAUCGUUGAGAAGAUCCUUCGAACACUGACAGAAAAAUUCACAUAUGUAGUGGUUUCUAUUGAGAAAUCCAGAGACACCGGAAGUAUGUCUAUCGAUGAGUUGCAAAGCUCUUUGGCUGUUUAUGAGCAAAAAUUUAGGAGAACCAGUUAUGAAGAGGAAGAUCAAGCUCUCAAUGUUCGAGGAAGAAGUAGAGGUUCCUACAGAGGCAGAGGUAGGGGUAGAGGGCGAUCAUUCACAAGGCAUCAGUCGAGUGCUAUAAAUGUCACAGCCUAG